CGUGGCCGCCGCCGGGACGGCCCGAGCCUUCUCCACGUUCGCAAGCUCCGCCGCGCGCCCAGGCCCGACCCGCGCCGCCCGGCUCCGCGCCGCCCCGCUCGCUCGUCUCCUCGCCGCCCCAAUGGCGUUCGGGCCCCGGGGCGGGCGGCCCCCGCCGCCGCCGCUGCUCCUGCUGCUGCUCUGGGUGACCGGGCAGGCGGCGCCCGUGGCGGGCCUGGGCCUGGACUCCGACGCGGAGCUGCAGAUCGAGCGGCGCUUCGUGCCCGACGAGUGCCCGCGCACCGUGCGCAGCGGCGACUUCGUGCGCUACCACUACGUGGGGACGUUCCCCGAGGGCCAGAAGUUCGACUCCAGCUAUGACAGAGACUCCACUUUCAACGUGUUUGUGGGGAAAGGACAGCUGAUUGCAGGGAUGGACCAAGCUCUGGUCGGGAUGUGUGUCAAUGAGAGGCGUUUGGUGAAGAUCCCCCCAAAGCUUGCCUAUGGAAGUGAAGGAGUUUCUGGUGUAAUCCCCCCAAAUUCAGUGCUUCAUUUUGAUGUGCUUCUGAUGGAUAUUUGGAAUUCUGAAGACCAGGUUCAGAUUCACACUUAUUUUAAGCCCCCCAGUUGCCCUCGAACCAUCCAGGUGUCUGACUUUGUAAGGUACCACUACAAUGGAACGUUUUUGGAUGGGACACUGUUUGAUUCGAGUCACAAUCGCAUGAAAACAUAUGACACAUAUGUGGGAAUUGGCUGGCUGAUUCCUGGAAUGGACAAAGGACUGCUGGGGAUGUGUGUGGGGGAAAAGCGCACCAUCACUAUUCCACCUUUUCUGGCCUAUGGAGAAGACGGAGACGGGAAAGAUAUUCCUGGUCAGGCAUCCCUGGUAUUUGAUGUUGCAUUAUUGGAUCUCCAUAACCCAAAGGACAGCAUUUCCAUUGAGAACAAGGUAGUACCUGAAAACUGUGAGCGGAGAAGUCAAAGCGGGGACUUUCUCAGGUAUCAUUACAAUGGCACACUUCUGGAUGGCACCUUCUUUGAUUCCAGCUACUCGCGGAACCGUACCUUUGACACGUACAUCGGGCAGGGCUACGUGAUUCCUGGGAUGGAUGAAGGUUUACUUGGUGUGUGCAUCGGAGAGAAGCGAAGGAUUGUGGUGCCCCCGCACCUGGGGUACGGAGAGGAGGGGAGAGGGAAUAUCCCUGGCUCAGCUGUGCUGGUGUUUGACAUCCAUGUGAUUGACUUCCACAACCCUGCAGACUCCAUCAGCAUCACCUCCCACUACAAGCCCCCUGACUGCUCAGUGCUGAGUAAGAAGGGGGAUUACCUCAAGUAUCACUACAAUGCCUCACUUCUGGACGGGACCCUGCUGGACUCCACAUGGAAUUUAGGCAAAACAUAUAAUAUUGUUUUGGGGUCUGGACAAGUCGUGCUGGGAAUGGACAUGGGUCUCCGAGAGAUGUGUGUCGGGGAGAGACGGACAGUGGUCAUCCCGCCCCACCUGGGCUACGGCGAGGCUGGUGUGGAUGGGGAAGUGCCCGGCAGUGCUGUAUUGGUGUUCGACAUCGAGCUGCUGGAGCUAGUGGCCGGCCUGCCUGAGGGGUACAUGUUCGUAUGGAAUGGCGAGGUGUCACCCAACCUCUUUGAGGAGAUCGACAAGGACAGCAAUGGAGACGUCCUCCUUGAAGAGUUCUCAGAGUACAUUCAUGCCCAGGUGGCAUCUGGCAAAGGGAAACUUGCUCCUGGUUUUGAUGCUGAAAUGAUCGUGAAGAAUAUGUUCACCAACCAGGACCGGAACGGAGAUGGGAAGGUUACGGCUGAGGAAUUUAAACUCAAAGACCAGGAGGCCAAACACGAUGAACUCUAAACCUGACACAAGCCAGUUGGUGCCAAGGACGGUGUGACACCAAGCCACCUGUGGUGGCAGGAUGUGCAGUGAGCCUGCAGGGGUCUCUCAGAAGGUGCAUCAUUAGCAAGUAGUAGGUGGGUCACUGAGUACCUGGUGUGUGCAUCGGGUGGGUUGUACGUGGUGAGAAUUUUAGACUGACUGCCAGUGAUAGUAAGCAGAAUCGUUGCAAAGUGCCUUACCAUGGGUCGUGCAAAGUAUCGAAAAGGCAGCACUGCCAACCACUUGUAAGCCUUCUGGGGAGUUUUGUUGUUAAAGGAAAAUAGUGUCACACCAAAGUUUUAACCAUCCUGGAGAGAACAGAAGAAAAAGUGUCCAGGAUAGCUACAUAAAUAGGGUUAAUUUUUUUGUUAACUUGCUGAUUUUAAAAAUGUCCUCCAGACAGGCAGGAUGGAUGAAAGGCAUGCCCCAGCAGGAUUCCCAGAAAACAACCCUUGGCUCUGCUCUGCGAUACCUGGCCCCUCCGUCCCUUACUACACACACACACACAACACACACACACACAUGCACGCACAGUGCGAUACCUGGCCCCUCCGUCCCCUACACACACACACACAGACACACACACACAGUGCUUUUCCAGUUUGUCACACCCCACCCGCUGUGGCCCUCCAAUUGGCAGUAUGCAACUUGGAGGCUUCCUGGACAGAAAAAAACAGCGUGCCAAACAAAUGGCAUCUUGGACCAUGAAUAGAGAAUUUGAUUUGCGUUUGCCAUGUGAUUGUUUAGCUCUUUCUUUUUUUUUUUUUUUUUUAAGUCUAUUUUCUUCCAUAUAAGAAUAGCUGCUCCUGCUCGUUUUUCAUUUCUCUUUGCCUGCUUAGCUCUUUCUUACCCCUUCCCUCUGCCCGUAGAGCAGUCUCCUCCCCGCCCCAAAGCACGCUGAUUAGACUGAUGCACGCAGGGCUGGGGUCAGCCAGCAUAUUUCAUUGGCCGGGAGAGAUGUGUCAUCCCAAUAGAAGGGCUGCUGAGCAUAGAUAAGGAGGCAUUUUUCUGCCACUCAUUUGUGUCCCGGAGAGGUUGGUGCCUGAAGACUGGGGGCCUCUCUGCCGUAGGAAAGCAACGACAGUGUACCUGCUGGCUUGUUCCCACAUUUCGCAGUAGCCACAUUGCUGCCUAUAUCCCCUGUUCCCAAGUGGUAGUGGCACUUCCCUGAAGUAAUCAAUGAUUUUCCUUUUGAAACUGCUUUAUUUUACUAACUUAAACUAUUUUGUACUGAUGUAGCCCUGAGAUAGUUCAUGAAAAUGCUGUGAACUUGUUCAGUGGAAUAAAUGUUGGAAAGCUGAUCUUUUCUGAUAUAAAACAUUGAAUUAUA